CGCCUUUGAAACAGGCACCGAAGAGUUCCAUCUCUUUAUGUUCCUGCGUUAACGUCGACAAGACCCGCGGCCCGUCUUGUGCCCGCGAAAUGCUAACGUAAACAAACAGUUAUUAGCUAGCUAGCAAGUCAUUUCCCCCGUUAACGUCCGACAGAGUUCUGCUUCAGUGUGUUUAAUGUCGUUUAUAUGUGAAUAUCACAACACACCGAACGUGGAGAAACGUGACCGAUUACGUAACGUGUCAAGGGAGUAAUUUGCUCCACCGGCUGCUGCUGCUGGGCGUCGACCUGCAGUCCCGCUUUAGUAAAAUAUUUCAUAUAAGAAGAAAAAAAGACGACAACACUGCACAUUCCCUGCUGACCCUUUGCCUCGCAUGUUUCAAGACGGCGUCGAGCUGACGGCGACAACAGUCUUGGCACAGCUGGGAAGGUAGCGAGAGGCCAUAGACGGACCCUGAUCAUGGCUUCAGUCCAUCACCAAGGUUACCCUCUCAGGAACUCACUGUACUGGGAUGAAACAGAGUAUCUAAACUACUAUGGGAUGCUGUCUCUCCAUGAGGUCUUUGAAAUAGUUGGUUCUCAGCUGACAGAGACUGACAUUGAAGUGCUCUCAUUCCUUUUGAAUGAAGCCUAUUCUGCACCACACCCUCUCAAUCCAGCAGGCUGGACAGUUGAGCCCUGCGAGGGCGAUCCAGAUGACAUGGGAGUGUCCCCGAGUCCUGAGCUACUUAAGGCCUGGAGGCGUUUAAAGCCUCAGGCCCCCCAGCACGCCUUAGUGGUCUCACAUAAGCCCGAGACUGGCCUUGAGCUUUUGCUAGAGCUAGAGAGGCGAGGAUACCUCAGUGAUAGCAACCUGGAGCCACUGCUGCAGCUACUAAGAGUCCUCACCCGACAUGAUCUGCUGCCUUUAGUGUCCCACAAGAAAAGGAGGGCAGUAUCCCCAGAGAGAACCGGACGGGGGUACACAACAGAGAACAGAGACUUGUUCUGCGUCUCUGGAAUGCGACACAGCUGUAGGCAGACAGAAUUUCCAUAUUUUGCACAGCAAUUGAGAACCGGUAUUUACCCUCCCAUGCCUGGGCCUCCCGCUAGGAGGAGGAAGAAAAGGGGAAAUGGCUGGAGCCGUAGGUCCAAGAGAACAAGCAGACAGGGGCAGCCGCCGCCUCCACCACCACCACCGCCACAUAUUAUGUCCUGCAAUGUCCGCCUGCGCGUCCGGGCUGAAUAUCUGGAGCAUGAGUCAGCACUCCGCGGAAGCGUCUCCUCGGACAAGCGUCAGCCGCUAGAGCGGCAGUUUGAGUUGUUCAGCCAAGCCAGCUCACUGCUGCAUUCCAGAGACUUGGGUUCCAUUGUCUGCGACAUCCGGUUCACGGAGCUGGAAAACCUGGAGGCCUUCUGGAGUGAUUACCUGAGUGGAGCUCUGCUGGAGGCCCUGAAGGGCGUCUUCAUCACAGACUCACUGAGGAUGGCAGCCGGCAUGGAGGGCGUCUGCCUGCUGAUCAGUGUGGACCAGGAUGACUAUGAGGAGGGCCGAAAGCUGCUGGGAGCCAGGAAAGGGCUCUCAUCCGGUAAUGGUGGGCGCACAGGGACUCACUGGGCGUUGUAGGCUGACAAGUCUAUUUUGGGUCUAUUAUAUUAACUGUGAAUAACAGAUUUGUAAGGAAUAAGUUACAGUUACAGGCACAGUUGGAACCACUCUACGGCCCUCCUUUUUGCAGUUGCAAUUUCUAUAACAACCACUAGAUGACAGCACCAACCAUUAAUUGUUUGUGUUCAAAAUAGGCCCUAAAUUUUCAAAAUAGUCCAUUUGUACUUGAAACAUUUCCAUUAUUUGUUCUUUUCCUUUGGCUCCGUGCACAGGGGCUAUUUUGUAGGACCAGGAUGAAUCAGGAUAUAUCAAGAUUUUUCUUCUUAGUCUCAGAACAGGAGCCGGCAAGCGUGUGCCACAAGAUCAAGUGGUAAGCCCCUCCUAACAUGAUAAAUGUAAAUUAUAAAUGAGGAUAAGACACUUGGGCUGCCACGAAUUAAAAGAAAAAUACUAUGUAGUGUUGACAGAUUCACAUGCUCAUAGUUGAGACUGCAGGCGCACACACCCACACACAAACAUACUUCAUGGGCCACAAUAAUACAAAUCGUGUGUUUAUUGCACGAGUGCAAUUUCCACAUUGGCUUGUGAAAAUGUUUAAAAAUGUAAACUGACUACUAUACCCACAAAUAAUACUUAUUGAGUUGUACGUGCAAACUAAUGUUAAAUGUAACCGGCACUGAUACCAGGCUUAUUAAAACUGAUUCCAAAAAACUAGAAGCCUGCCAGGAAAAGUUUCUGAUUGUUGAAAAAUGUGUGAUAUUUUGAGCACAAAUACAAAAGUGGGCUGCUCUCAGUAUGAAAUUGACCUUUGGUCUAACUUUGGAGAGCCUAGUCCACAUAAAAAAAACCUUGAUAACAAAUACUAGCCCUGUGUACCACGAUAACCCAGCUUGUGAUUGCCGUGGUCAGUGGAUACGGCAGUUGCCGGUAGAUGACAGCAGUGAUUAGGGCUAGGCCUCAGCAGACCAUAGAGGAUUCAUCAUCACAAGCUUGUCAACAGCAACUCGGAUAAUGCAAUGGUGGCUUGUGUCCAGGCUUCCAGUGAGGCCCCAGCAAGUGCUUCUCUCAGCAAGUAAAGCACAGGACAGUGCGUCGGUCAAUAGAAGUGAUGUUGGGAAGAUCAAAAUCAAAAGUGCACAUCCCAGCUCCACUCAGCCCUGCGAUGUAGGCCCAGUAGAGUGGCUCACAGACAGCUGUCUAGUCACCCUGCUGGAACUAAUGCCUGGACUUCACUCAUAGAAGACGAUCAAUAAGGCCCCUCACCCUUAAGUCCCUUCAUACAGGCAUGACUUAAGCAGACAGACUUGCUACUGUCUGAAGUGCAGGGCCCUUCUGGGCUGGGCAGUGGGAGGGACAAUAGACAUAUUUCAAGUUAACUUUUGGGUUUUUGGUAAAUUAAUUUGUUAACGUGUGUCUGUGUUGUCCAUGGGAGAAAAAUAACUUAAUUCAGGAGAACAUUUGUUAAGAAAACUUGCUUUUGGAAUAGCAAUUAUUUUUUGUGGAAAUCAUUGAAAUUAUUUCUGGUGAAUAAUAAAGGUUUGAUGGCCUAAA